UCAAGGUCCUCUAACUGAACUAGCUUAAAUGAAAACAUGGAAGAGGUGGCCAGGUGCGGGCGAAGAAAACAGAGAAAUCCGAGGAGGAAAAAUGUUGAGAACGAGGACCCCAUCGAUGAAUCGACAGCGGCCGCAGCCACAGCCAAUGAGAGCGCUCUGGAGGUCCCCAUGCAGCAGAAGCAGGCCAACGGUUACCAUGACGAUGGAGCAGAAUGUAACCAUGACGAUGCUGUCGCAGGUGCAGACAAUGAUGACGACGAAGAUGACGAUGAUGAUGGCGGCACAACAUCAGAACGCUGCCCAGCCCGACCUGAAGAGAAUGGUUUGACAGAAACAUCGGCUGAUGAAUCAAAGGAAGAAAAGAAUAAUGAGGAGUCAUCCACUCCCCCCGCAGGGCCAACCUCCCCCACCCCACCCACUUCUCGUCUUCCACAGGUGUCGAAGGCCGAACAGUUACAUAAGCUGCUCAGAUGCAGCGACACCGCAGUUAUCUACCCUGAACCGGUCAGUGACCAGGAUGAAGAGAGCAGCACCACAGACUGCCUCCACCCAGAAGAGGAAUACACCCUUAAGUGUGUCCACUGUAGCGAGUCGUUUCCCCGGGCAACCGAACUUCAGGACCACAUGAAGGAGAAGCACGCGGGCAAACCAAUCCGGUUCCAGUGUCCCAAGUGCGAUGAGACCUUCCUGCUGAGGAGCCAGCUCGACAAACACAUCUCUCUCCAUUCCCCGACCUCGCAGAACUGUAAAGUGUGCAACAAGACCUUCGCGAACGUCUACCGGCUCCAGCGUCACAUGAUCAGUCACGAUGAGAGCGCUGAUUUGAGGAAAUUCAAGUGCGCGGAAUGUGGAAAGGCCUUCAAGUUCAAACACCACCUGAAGGAACACGUCCGCAUCCACUCUGGCGAGAAGCCUUUCGAAUGCCCCAACUGUGGCAAGCGUUUUUCCCACUCUGGCUCCUACUCCAGUCACAUGACGUCGAAGAAGUGCUGGGUGAUGGGGGUCAAAGGUCGAAGGAUGGACCGGAACGGCAACAGCGAGAGCAUGAUGUAUUACAACUCAACCCCCGGCCAGCCUUUCCAUCAUGAUCCGUUGAAGUCUCCGCCCCCCGGGAGCUACCCUCAGCAGUUCUUGAAGUAUGACCCCCGUAACGGCGGAAUCCCGUUCUUCACUGCCCCUGUGACCUCCAGUCCGAUUCACGGUGCGGGAAUCGUGGCCUAUUACUCGAAACCGUUGCAGAACAUGAAUCUCGUCAUACCCACAACCAUCAGUCCACAGAUCGAGUGCUCGAAGCCGCAGGUUCUCCCAUGCACCACGUCCCCGGUGUCCGCGGUGCCGCAGAUCUCGCCAGAUGUCAACUCCAACACCCAGCUUUUCAACAUGGCCGCCGACAAAAUGGCCACCGACAAGAAGGUCGAUCUUGUUGACGUUACAAGAGUGAAGAUGGAAGCGGACGUUGCUACGAAAGGAUCGCACGCAGACUCGCCGAAAGAGUCGGCUAAACGCGAGAACCUUGGCCCCGAAGCGAACAGUCAUGGCAGCUGCUGCCCCGGAGAUCUGACCUGUCGAUACUGCAACGCGGAGUUGAAGAGUCCCGUGGAGCUACACCAGCACGAGACGUACCUCUGUAAGCUGAACAAGCUGAUCGUCCAGAGGAUGACGGGUCGAGACCCGUCGCAGAGCUCGCCUCUCAGCACGGCUUCGGACACGGAUACCAGCCACCAGGCGACGCCCAACGGGAGUAUUGGGGAGCCGGGGUCGGAGGAGGAUGAGGAAGACCUGCUGAAAGAACACGAGAGUCUGCAGGACAGAAAGUAUCGCAUGAGGUCGCUCAUCAGUGACCAGCAGCUGCAGUUCCUACGAGCGCACUACCAGCUGAACCCGCGGCCCGGCAAGUCGGAGCUCAUUAAGAUGGCGUCGGAGAUCGGCUUCUCGAAACGCGUCGUCCAGGUCUGGUUCCAGAACAUGCGCGCCCGUGACCGCCGAAAGGGCAAGGUUGUGCCGUACUUCCCGAACAUGGCUCGGUUCAAAGCAGCCGACGACAUUCCAGUCCCAAUAACAGCAACAACAACAACAACAUCAUCAUCAUCAUCAUCAUCAAUGUCGGUGUUGUCACCAUCCUCCUCUUCUUCAUCUGCCUACAUCCCUGUCGUGCCACAGCCGUUUGCAAGUGCUCUUACGAUGACUCCAAGCAACUCCGCCCUCACGCCGAAACUCGUUGGGCAGCUUCCUCCGUCACAUUCCCUCCCGGCCUCGAGCAGUCUGACCGCCGGUCAGGACCAGCCUCUUGACUUGAGCAUCAAGAGAGUACCGCCCCCUGCUCACAGCAACAACUCCUCCCCUGCCCCGUCCCACAGCGAAGACCAGGCCCUGAACCUCAGCUGCAAGUCGCCAGCAUCGGUGGACGAUUCUGCGAAGAAAUCAUCAUCUUCCUGCGAAGAAGUAACGCUAUCAUCAUCCUUGUCAUCAUCUUUGUCGUCGUCUUCUUCCAUCGCCAGGAUCCAACAGUCAGCCAUAUUCAAGUACAUGCAGCAGGAAGGUCUGUUCCCUAGCAACCUGCUAAUCCCGAAACCCGUCGUAACCAUGGCGACGACGGCGGCAGCGGCGGCGACCGUCAUACCCACCUGGCCGACCAACUCCAUCAUUCCAGCAGUCGUUUCGAAGCCCAAGUCGUUGUCCGUGUCUCCAAGUCCUUCGAAACUGUCGAUUGGCCAUCCGAAGAGUCGUGAGAACGGGAAGCGCCAUCUGUCGGAUGAGGAACGAAACACUGAGCAGUACGACGAUGAUGACUCGGACUCGUCAGACAGCUCGGAGGAGGACAACUCGAUGGAAUCGGACGAGGUCAUUGAUUCGGGCCGCCUAGUCAUCGACGAGCACAGCAGCGGACAGCAGGGCGGUCAUCACCUGAUGAUGAAGAACGGCCCCGCGGCCGCAGCUGCCGUCUUCCACCAGAACCUCACCACAUUGGCCGAUGUGUCGCUGGCUCACAUGGAGGCACUCAUCAACCCAAACAGCAAACCCAAACGGAACCGCAAAAAGUCGUGGAGACAGCCAUGUUUUUUCUGGCAGGUGGAAGCCGACGAGGGCCUCCUGGAGCUGGACGACUCCCUCACCGACGACGACGAGCCGAUGCGCAAGAAGCGCAGGUCGUGGAAGAACCACAAGCUGGACGUCGACGUUGGCAUGUACGGCUGUGACCAGUGCGACAAGAUGUUCAGCAAGCAGAGCUCACUAGCUCGACACAAGUACGAGCACUCAGGAGCGCGUCCGUUCAACUGUGACGUGUGUUCGAAGGCGUUCAAGCACAAGCACCACCUGACUGAACACAAGCGCCUGCACUCUGGGGAGAAGCCAUUCCAAUGCAAGAAGUGUGGCAAGCGGUUCAGCCACUCGGGCUCGUACAGUCAGCACAUGAACCACCGCUACAAGUACUGCAAGCCGAACGACGGCGACGAGGAGGACUGAUGAGGUCGGAGGUCAGAGGUGAAAAAGACAGCGACGAGGAGGACUGAGGUCGGAGGUCAGAGGUGAAAAACAAACAAAACAAAGAAACAAACAAAAUACACCCCAUUACCACACCACACUUGUAGAACUGUGGCCAUGACAACCACUAUUGGCCGA